GCUUCGCGUGUUUUUCUAUUCCUGAAUCCAUAGUAUAUAUAUAUGUGAUUGCAAUCAAUUACAAUGAAUCCAAAGGAGAAAGAAAAGUAUAUCGAGGAAUUUGAUUUUCCAUAUUGCGAUGAAUCUUCCAAGUACGAAAAAGUUGCGAAAAUUGGUCAAGGAACUUUUGGAGAAGUGUUCAAGGCUAAGGAUAAGAAAACAAAUAAAAAAUUUGUUGCUAUGAAGAAGGUAUUAAUGGAUAACGAAAAAGAAGGAGUAAGUUUGCUUUAUAUAAUUAUUUAUUUGUUUGCCCUGAGAUUAUUCUAGGAUGAUGUAAUAUAG